GAUACUGCUCCACUGGUAUCUUUGAUGCCGCCUCACCCGCGGAGUUUCUCCAGCAUUUUUGUCGACCGUCACUCAGACGUGGUCCUUGCCCCAUCACACGUCACUUCAGCUUGGCCCCGCCCCGCGGUCCCCUCAACCCCAGGCCCGAAUCACAUCCGCGAUUGCUUCCCUUGCAACAGGUGCCGCUUGACCCGCUGAGUGGCCCCAGCAUUUUCCGUUUUUAUUGUGUUUUAAACGUUCUCCUGGUCAAAACAUCUCCGUGCACAGGCCCCACCCCACCCGGCUCACAGUCACAGCCGCCCUUGCCCCAGGCAGGUUCAACUCUCAGCAGCGACCGGCGUUUAUAAACACUGUCUUCCUGCAUUCUGGCCAGAAUCGAUCCUAUUAGUGAUAUAUUAUUUUAACCCCCCCCCCCGCUCACUCCCAGCAAUUAUCCUUGUGCUACGAUGCGAUUACAUUGCGAUCUUUUACGUGAUCCCUGACACAAGCGACCACUAAGUGGCACUUUUCUGGCCUUUGGAAGGACAAGAUCCUCGGGUACCGGGUGACAAUUCAGCUGCCAUGUCUCGGAGCGUGUUGGCAGGAAUGGAGAACUCAGCCGUGACUGUGCUGAAGAGGGCGAUCGAAUUGGACAAUGAAUCCCGCUUGCCAGAUGCAUUGGUUUGUUAUCAGGAAGGCAUCCAUUUUCUGAUGGAAGUUCUGAAAGCUACAAAGGAAGAAGCUAAAAAAGUCCAUUAUCGAAAGAAGAUAGCAGACUACAUGGAUCGAGCAGAAAAAAUUAAAGAACAGCUGAAUGACCUCAAAGAAAAAGGAAAAUACCACGAACAGAUCAAAAUUCCAGAUGAUGCUACGGGGUUUUGUUAUGAAAAACUGUUCAAACCAUACUUCGAUUCAUUUGUUACUGAGGUCUGGGUGGAAGAUCCAUACAUCAGGCAUGUUCACCAGGUGUACAACUUCUUGAAAUUCUGCGAGAUGCUUGUAAAAGGACCUUGCAGUGUGAAAACUAUCCAUCUGCUGACUUCACUUGAUAAUGCUGGUAAUGCGCAGCAGACCAGCGGCCUUGAGGAAAUAAAACAGUCAUUGCAGAGGUACAAUAUAACGUUGGAGGUGAUAUACUCCCCUUCAAUACACGAUCGAGAAAUCAGAUUCAACAAUGGGUGGAUAAUCAAGAUUGGAAGAGGAUUAGAUUACUUUAAAAAAACACAGGGCCGAUUUUCCAUUGGUUACUGUGAUUUUGACCUGAGACAUUGUCACGAAACUACAGUAGACAUUUUCCACGUCAAGCAUACAAAGAAUACAUAGCUUGGAGCAAUGACGAUUCAGAUUAUUUUAUUACUAUUAUGUUAUGUCACUGAUACUUUAGAUAUUUUGUAAUAAAGUUACUAUUACUUGAAUGCUUGGCACACUGAACUUGAGUGUUAUCAAAAAUAAACUGAAAAUGCUAAACCUAACAA